AUGAUCCUACGCUAUAUCUACCUCAUCCUGGCAACCCUUCUAGCAAUAUCAUCAUGUUUAGCCUCAAACUCAAACACUCAGCUGGACUCCCAACUAUCUGAACUAUUCUCCAACUCAACAAGCACAGGGAGACAUACGAAUAAUUGGGCAGUAUUAGUAUGUUCAUCAAGAUAUUGGUUCAAUUAUCGACACAUGGCCAAUACUUUGGCAAUGUAUCGUACCCUCAAGAGACUGGGUCUACCCGACUCGAACAUCAUCCUAAUGCUUUCGGACGACGUAGCGUGUAACCCCCGAAAUGCAUUCCCAGCUACGGUUUAUGCGAAUAAAGGAAGACAGAUGGAUCUGUAUGGGGAAGGUAUAGAAGUUGAUUAUAGGGGAUAUGAAGUUACGGUAGAGAGUUUUUUGAGAUUGUUGACUGGACGACACGAUCCAUCAAUCCCACGAUCCAAGCGAUUACUGUCCGAUGCAUCAUCUAACGUCUUCAUCUACAUGACUGGACAUGGAGGGAACGAGUUCCUAAAGUUCCAGGAUAACGAAGAAGUCUCUGCUUACGAUGUUGCGGAUGCUGUCGAACAGAUGUGGGAGAAGAGGAGGUAUAACAAAUUGUUAUUCACCAUCGAUACCUGUCAAGCCAAUACGAUGUAUUCGAAAUUCUAUUCACCAGAGAUAACUUCGACUGGUUCCUCAUCGUUGGGCGAGAACAGUUAUUCGCAUCAUAACGAUAUGGACAUAGGUGUGGCCGUCAUCGACUCGUUCACACAUUACAUCUUACAGUAUUUGGAAACUUUAGGCAAAACUUCUACUGCUACCCUGAAGGACUUUUUCGGUAUAUACGACCCAGUGAAAAUCCAAUCACAUCCCGGGAUAUCCACCUCACUCUCUUCCGUCCCACCUGAAGAAAUCCUAGUGACAGAUUUCUUCGGGGCCGUAGCCAGAGUGGAAGUCUCACCCAAACAAGCUGAGCUAUCACCUCUAUCGAAUGAGCUCAGGGAAAGUAAAUGGGAGAUCGUAGCCAAGCCUACAGGAAGGAUCGGAAGGAAGAACGAAGACGUAGAUUUCGAAGAGGAAUUGACUGAAAAAGGACAACUGGACACUAACAAAUGGCAGAAACCUUUGAUAGGCGGUAAGUCGGAGCUGAAGAAGGUGUUAAGCAGCUUGGUUGGGAUAGUUGGAAUCGGAUUAUUGUUGUAUGCUGGAAGUGGUACACAAGACAAGUUGAAAGAAGCAUAA